AUGGGGGAAAUUAGCCAUUCCAUUGAUAACCAAUUAGAAAAACUAUUCACCCUACUGAAACAAACUCUGAAAAUUUCCAUGAAAAACACCCUUGUCACUAGCUAUACAAUUCUUAGCUCUCUCCCUUUUCUCUUCCUUAUGAUUUACUUUGAAAUACUUUUUGAAAAAUCAUUAACAAAAACUUUCAACUUCAAAACUCCUCUUACAUAUUCCCAAAAGUUUAGGAAAAUUUCUGAGGAGUGGAUAGAUUAUCCAUUUCCAGCUUUAAUCUACCUCUUCCUCCUGCACGUACUAGAUUUCCUUGCUGCUAUCCUAACCAUUGUUCUGUCAUUGAAGACGUACGAAGACGGUCCUAUGUAUGAAACCAUCAGCCUCAAAGAAUUGAUCUUAAGACAAUCCAUCAUGACCAGCAGAGAAAGGAUGAACGGCUCAUUUGUUACAUUCUAUGUGCCUGCUUUUCUUGGAAUGUUGCCUAAGUACUUGGCGUUGAAUGCUGUUUGGAAUACGAGUGUGGUGGUUUCGGUCUUGGAAGAGGUUCAUGGGAUUGAUGCGUUAACCCGUUCGUUUUAUCUGUGCAAAGGGAAUGAGAAGCUUGGAGGAAAAUUGAUGCUGGUUUUCCUUGUAUGGGGUUUUAGUCUAAGGAUUUCUUGCAUGUUUUUUGAUGAUGGGAAGAUUGGAGUUAUAGGGAGAACUAGCUUGCUAUGGUUGGCGAUUCUAAUCAAGUGGAUGGCGUGUGUUAUGUAUUAUCAUCACUGUAAGGGGAGUAAGGCUUUAGGAAGAUCGGUCACUUCUACCAAUCGUUUCGAUGACAGUCGCCCUCAUGAAGAAGCUGAAUUGACCACAAUUAUGGUUCCAGAUGGCGGAUUACAGACAAUAAGAGCAGACGCCAAUAUUGUUGAUGACCAAGAUGAGGAAAUCCCUCCAAAAAGUUGCUAA